UCUUGAGUCCCGCCCUCUGUCAUUUGGGGCUCCGCCUCCGAGCCUGUAGCCCCGCCCCUAGAACCUGGGCACCUGGGAUCCCCUGCCAGCCUGAUCCGUCCCCCCUACCCCAAGACCAGAUUCCCUAACUGAGGAAAGCCUGGGCAUCCUAGGCCUGGUCCUUGGCGCUCCCUUCCUCUCUCCAUUUCUCAGGCCGCGUGCCAGUGAGCCGUGAGGCAGCACCUCCGGCUGGCCGCUUGCGGGCUCCCCCGUGAGGGAGGGAAGGUUGGUAGGAUCACAAUGGAGGCUUUAAUCGCUGUCGCCUCCUGUGGGACUCAGCUGCACACCCCCUGGGCAUACCAAGCAUGAAGGAGUAUCAGUGAAACUCAGGCCUGGCUCCCUAAGUGGGCCCAGAAGGCCUUCACUUGAAAUACUUGCUAAUUCGACCCAUUUGACAGAUGUUGACUCCUUGGCGGGGCUGGCCCGAUUCUGCUCCUGCUGUGUGAGCUCCUCCCUCUAACCUUCCGUCUACUUGGUGGCGAGUAUGCUCAGCAGGACCGGGCCAACCCUGCUGCUCUUUAUCACAGGUUGUGGUCCCUCUCUCUCUUGUCCUCUGCUCUGGACUCUGCCCCCAGUCAUAGGUCAGGUGGGUGUACUCCUAGAGUCAGACUGGCCGAGCAGCCCUGUGGAUUCAUGCCCCUACCCGGGCUAAAAUGACGAGCAGGCUGCCAGGACCCUCCCCGAGGUAGAAUGGGUGAGGAGGGGCCCCCCAGCCUGGAGUACAUCCAAGCCAAGGAUUUGUUCCCCCCCAAGGAACUUGUGAAGGAGGAGGAGAAUCUUCAGGUACCCUUCACAGUGCUACAGGGUGAGGGAGUGGAAUUCCUGGGCCGGGCAGCUGAUGCCCUUAUUGCCAUCUCCAACUACCGGCUGCAUAUCAAGUUCAAAGACUCUGUCAUCAACGUGCCCCUCCGGAUGAUUGACAGUGUGGAAAGUCGUGAUAUGUUCCAGUUGCACAUUGCCUGCAAGGACUCCAAAGUGGUGAGGUGCCACUUCUCCACUUUCAAGCAGUGCCAAGAGUGGCUCUCGAGGCUAAGCCGGGCCACAGCAAGACCUGCCAAGCCCGAGGAUCUCUUUGCCUUUGCCUACCAUGCCUGGUGCCUGGGACUGACCGAGGAGGAUCAGCAUACCCACCUGUGUCAGCCAGGAGAGCACAUCCGAUGUCGACAGGAGGCAGAGCUUGCCAGGAUGGGCUUUGACCUGCAGAACGUCUGGAGAGUCUCGGAUAUCAACAGCAAUUACAAACUGUGCCCUAGUUACCCCCAGAAGCUGCUGGUUCCUGUGUGGAUCACAGAUAAAGAGCUGGAGAAUGUGGCUUCUUUCCGGUCUUGGAAACGCAUCCCUGUUGUCGUGUACAGACACCUGCGCAAUGGGGCUGCCAUCGCCCGCUGCAGCCAGCCUGAGAUCAGCUGGUGGGGCUGGCGCAAUGCUGAUGAUGAAUACCUGGUCACAUCUAUUGCCAAAGCUUGCGCCUUAGACCCUGGGACAAGGACCAGUGGGGCCUCCCUCAGCACUGGGACCAGUGAUGCCAGUGAGGCAUGUGACACUGAUUUCGAUUCUUCUCUAACUGCAUGCUCUGGGGUGGAGAGCACAGCAGCCCCUCAAAAACUGCUGAUCCUGGAUGCACGGUCCUACACAGCAGCGGUGGCUAACCGGGCCAAGGGUGGCGGCUGUGAGUGUGAAGAGUACUAUCCUAACUGUGAGGUCGUGUUUAUGGGAAUGGCCAACAUCCAUGCCAUCCGGAACAGCUUCCAGUACCUCCGGGCCGUGUGUAGUCAGAUGCCAGAUCCCAGCAACUGGUUGUCGGCUCUGGAAAGUACCAAAUGGCUGCAGCACUUGUCAGUGAUGCUAAAAGCGGCUGUGCUGGUAGCUAAUACAGUAGAUCGGGAAGGCCGGCCUGUGCUGGUGCACUGCUCUGAUGGCUGGGACCGUACGCCACAGAUUGUAGCCCUGGCCAAAAUAUUACUGGAUCCAUAUUACAGGACCCUGGAGGGCUUCCAAGUGUUAGUGGAGUCUGAUUGGCUGGAUUUUGGGCACAAGUUUGGAGAUCGCUGUGGCCAUCAGGAAAAUGCAGAGGACCAAAAUGAACAGUGUCCUGUGUUCCUCCAGUGGCUUGAUUCUGUUCAUCAGCUGCUUAAGCAGUUCCCUUGCCUGUUUGAAUUCAAUGAAGCAUUUCUGGUAAAACUGGUACAACACACAUACUCCUGUCUCUAUGGCACAUUCCUGGCCAACAACCCCUCUGAGCGAGAGAAACGCAACAUCUAUAAGCGAACAUGCUCUGUGUGGGCACUCCUGCGAGCUGGCAACAAGAACUUUCAUAAUUUCCUCUAUACACCUGGUUCGGACAUGGUCCUGCAUCCUGUGUGUCAUGUCCGGGCCCUGCACCUCUGGACAGCUGUUUAUCUGCCUGCAUCGUCUCCAUGCACACUUGGAGAGGAAAAUAUGGAUCUUUACCUUUCCCCAGUGGCUCAGAGCCAGGAAUUUUCUGGCCGUUCUCUGGACAGAUUACCUAAAACCAGAUCCAUGGAUGAUCUUCUUUCUGCCUGUGACACAAGCAGUCCCCUCACUCGUACUUCUAGUGACCCUAACCUGAAUAACCACUGUCAGGAGGCGAGAGUCAGCCUGGAGCCCUGGCACAGCAAUCCUGAAGGAGCAGAGCCAAGCUAUGUGGAGUCGGGGGUAGGAGGUCCACAGCUGACUGUGGGAGAACUGGGCCUUCCUCCUCCUCUGCCCAGCAGCCAGAAAGACUACCUGAGCGGUAAACCUUUCAAGGGCCACAGGAGCUGUUCUCUCAGUUAUCAAUUACGUAAUGCUUCUGCGCCCCGGGAAAUGAGGAGCAACGCCUCUGAGGCCAGAGUCCUGGAAGAGACUAAGGUGCUGGCCCCAGGCCCUCCAGCCCCAGAGGAGCAAAGGACUUCUGACGGCUUAGGGAAGCCACCUGAACAGAGUCCAGAAAAGGAAGCUCCCGGCACACCCAGUGCACUCUCUAAUGGUUCCAACAAGUGUGGCGGAGCCUGUGAUCUUCCUGAGCCUUCCCAGGAUUCCCUUACAGGCCCUCCCCACCAGGCCCACCUAGACUCCAUGCAGGCCACGCUCAGCAGGUGUACUCUAGAUCACAAUCAGGGUAGCCUUCAUAACCCACCAAGUGCUACCAGCCAAACUCAUCAAGAGCCAAAUACUGACCUCCUACACCAAGAUCCUCCUGGGUCUCUGACAAGUAUCUCCCACCAGGAACAGCCUAGUUCAGUGCCGGGUCUGAUCCACAAGAAGGAAGAUGCUGGCAAGAGAGCAAGUAAGAAUGGACAAAUACUAGAAAAUCCCCGCUUUGGGAAAAUACCAUUGGAGUUGGCCCGAAAGCCAAUUUCUCAGAGCCAGAUCAGUGAGUUCUCAUUUUUAGGGUCAAACUGGGACAGCUUCCAAGGGAUGAUGACUUCAUUCCCGAGUGGAGAGACCACUCCUCGGCGACUACUUGCUUAUGGCUGUUGCAGCAAGAGGCCGAGCAAUAAGCAUAUUCGAGCUGCAGGGCCCUGCUUUGGGGGCCAGUGGGCUCAGAGAGAAGGGAUGAAGUCACCUGUCUGUUCUAGUCAUUCCAGUGGACAUUGUACAGGCCCAGGAGGAAAGAACAACCGGAUGUGGUUGUCCAGUCAUCCAAAGCAAGUCUCCAGCACAAAGCCUUCUCUUCUGAGCUGCCCUUCUCCUGUGCCUCCUCUCUACCUGGAUGACGAUGGACUCCCCUUUCCCACGGAUGUGAUCCAACAUAGGUUACGGCAGAUCGAAGCAGGGUACAAGCAAGAGGUAGAGCAGCUCCGUCGACAGGUUCGAGAGCUCCAGAUGAGGCUAGACAUCCGUCACUGCUGUGCCCCUCCGGCAGAGCCACCCAUGGACUAUGAGGAUGACUUUACGUGUUUAAAGGAGUCAGACAGCAGUGACACUGAAGACUUCGGCUCUGAGCACAGUGAAGACUGCCUUUCAGAAGCCAGUUGGGAGCCGGUCGAUAAGAAGGAGACUGAGGUGACUCGCUGGGUUCCAGACCAUAUGGCCUCACACUGCUAUAACUGUGACUGUGAAUUCUGGUUGGCCAAACGAAGACAUCAUUGCAGAAAUUGUGGGAACGUGUUUUGUGCUGGAUGCUGCCACCUUAAGCUGCCCAUUCCUGAUCAGCAACUCUAUGACCCAGUUCUCGUCUGUAACUCAUGUUAUGAACACAUUCAAGUAUCUCGUGCCAGGGAACUCAUGAGCCAACACCUGAAGAAACCCAUUGCUACGGCUUCCAGCUGAAUGCCAGAGGAGAUGAUCUGUCUGUUUUUAGCAGGUUUGAAGGGAGGAUCUGCUUCAGGUGUAGUCUGGAAGGUUCCUUGGUAUGGCUCAUGAACACAGAGCUCAAAGAUACCGUCUUGAGAAAUCCUCCUUGGUACCAUGUGACUGGAGCAGAGGAAUUUGAAUUUGGCGGGAGAUUUUCUACUGGAGAGACCCUCACUUUGGGGUAAUGGUCCUGAUCCAGACCCAGGUCUGGAAGCUUCACUCUGAGUUGGUGACUCCAGCUUCUCUCCUGGAGGUCACAAGAUGAUGAUUUCAUAAAUACUGCCUGGUGCAAAGUGCCCAAACAGCAAUAGAAAGGCAUCCUUACAACCAAACUCCAAGUGAUAAUGAGACCCAUCUCUCCUCCACCUUGAAAAGAGCAGAUCAUAGUAUACAAGAUAGGAAUUUCCAUCCUAUUCGAGAAGAACUCUGUUCUGUACCUCUGUGCCCUGUGUCUGUGCAUGAAGGCUCAGUCUUUUAGAGGCACUCCCUCUAGUUGCAUUAGUACUGUCCUCUGUGGCGUUUGGUUCAAAGACUGGUUCGGCCAAUGGAGGCAUUGAUGUAUUUUUUACCUGGCUCAGUGGCCAGCGUCAGCGAAUAAUCAGUUUUUAGAGGGACAGUUCUAAAGAUUAAGACAUUUUUGGAAACAGAGGAAAACUCUGGUGACGUUUAGUCUUGGCGAAAACCAGUUAUUUUGAGCUGUGAAGGCAGUUGUCACUCUGUUCUGCAGUGGCUGCUCUUGAGGUGUGUGCGCACUGAAGAAAGAGAAGGGAAAAGCAAAAUAUCCUUGUGAAAUUCUGCUGAUUGUGCCCUACCCUUUGCACCUGACUUUUCCCAGUUGUCCUGGUGCUAACACGGGAGCUACACCUUGAUCCUCCCCUGGCAUGAAAAUAAAGCAAAGGAUUUUGUUGUUCCCCUGCCCACUCCCCCAUGUUGUCUUUCCCUUGGCUGCUGCCUCCUCUGGGUCACACUGCUUCUUAUCCUGAACACUUGACACCUUGAGGGUAGAAUAUAGCAUUUGGUUUUUACCUCCUAGCAUCUGCUAUUUGGUAUGUGAGGGUUUCAGUACAAAUGCUGCUGUCUAUUUCUGUGCACUUAACAAUGGAACCCAAACAGAAAGAAGAAAGCCUUGAUACCAAAAUUGGGAGUGAUGAUGUGUCCAUUCGGACCAAACAUUUUGUCGUGUUUGAUUUUGAUUUUGUUUUUCAUCUUACUAUGUGCCAGCGGCACUUAACCAAAAGAUACAGUACUGUAGCCAUGUGCUUGGUUGGAGCAGAUACAGUCUCCUAGGCCCACGGUGAGAGCAUGAGGACUUCCUAUCUCUGUUUUCCUUACUUUGUUCUUGUAGGAAGCAGAGGUUGCUUACUCUGUUAAAGCGACAGCAGUUGUCUUUCUCGCUACUACUGUCUUGUUGCUUUCUAGAAAACAUUUUUUUUCCAUUCCAAACUAACCAGAAUCUGCAUUUAGAAUGGGAAUUACUGUCCUGACCUUUUCCUCAGUUCUGCAGCAAAGCAUCUGUGCUCCUUGUAUAAAUGCCAUGGAGUAACCUAAAAAGUUUUGGCAUAUUUAGGUCAGCCUAGCAGAUUUUUUUUUCAUUUAAAUGGAGCUGAAUAAUGGAGAUUUUGUGUCUGAGAAAUUCCUAAGAUCAAUGAAAGAGUGACAAAUUAUUUGUCUCUGAUACAUAAAAAUAUUUUCAACAUUUUCUCAAUCAUUAAAAUUGACUGCCAGUCACGUGGCUUUUUAGUUACCGAUUUUCAUUGCACUUCACUCUGUUUUCAGGGGGAUCGGUAACAUUCUGGGAGACUGUAUCUGUCUACUUUGUGUGACUGUUUUGAGGGACUGUCCCAUCAGUGAACAAAUUGCAUAGCCUUAGAGAGAGACCCUGGGCUUCUUGCUCAGAUGUGUUCAUCCUUUCAGAACUGUUGUGGGUGUAAGUGACAUGAUGUGGCCAAAAAUCCAAACUGUGCAGUUGCGUUGUGACAAACAUGCAAUGUGCUGUAAAAACUCAAUACAGUUUAAAUAAAAUCUCUAUAUUAGUGCUG